AUGAAUUCUUCCGACACUUCUGAAAAUUCACAAGAAUCUUUUUUGCCCGUCAAUUGUGAGCCUCCCAACAUUUUAUCCUUUUCUAUAGGUCUCCACGGUCCUUUUCUUGACUAUGGUUCUUAUGCAGAUUGCUAUUGUGAUGAAUGUAAUGGUUGUCGAAUUUCACUUUACACUUGUAAGAAUGAGAGUUGUAUGAUUAAAUGUCCGCCUCAUACUCGGAAAUGUCCAGGAUGUGCCGGACCUAAUUAUUUGACUAGACAUCGAACUAAUCGAAGAUAUCGGAGGAAGAAGCUUUUAAUAAAUAAAUCUAAUAAAUCUGAUUCUAUCAUUGAUAUCUCAAUGUUUUCAACGACAUCUUCAGUAAAUAACGCUUCCAUCGUUACCACUGAAUGGGUGGCGCAAAAUUACGAUUCUAUUAUACCCGUUGAUGGAUCAUGGCAUAUGCCAAAUACUAAUAGAAAUGCUUAUGAAGAAUAUUUCAAGACGCGUUUGAAGAAUGCGAGAUUUUUUGGAAUUGAUGAAGUUAAAGACAAGACUACCGAUUUACCGCAUAUGUUGCCGACUCCAAAAGAUUUUUCGGAGGCUGUAGGUAACCUUGGAAUAUCUGAAAAAGAUCAUGUGGUGGUUUAUGAUUCAAUCGGUAAUCCAAGAAAGACUGUCUUUGGUCAUGAACGAGUGUCUCUUCUUGAAGGAGGGCUACCUAAAUGGUUAGAGGAAGGUAGACCGGUAGAGAGUGGUCCAAUCGACAUAAUUGUAUCACUCGUAAGAAAUUAUAAUGAUAUCAGGAAUAAUAUUGACCGUGGUAAAGAUUCUCCAGAUUUUGAACAAGUUCUGGACGCUAGGCCUGAGGCGCGGCCUGGACUCCCUAGUGGGCACAUGCCAUAUUCUAUCUCGGUACCAUUCAAUUCAAUCAUUGACCCAAAUAUCAAAACCACAUUUUUGAAUGAUGAUGAAUUAAAGAAACUCUUUCAAUCCAAGAAUAUUGAUUUAGAAAAACCUAUCGUACUAAGUUGUGGUAGUGGCGUCACUGCCACGAUGCUUUAUACUGCUUUAGAAAAAAUUGGUGCAAAAAAACUUGCAGUUUAUGAUGGAAGUUGGACUGAAUACGCUGGAAAGGAAGGGUCUCCUAUUGUCGGUAGAAAAUAA